AAUGCAGCAUAUUCUCUUCACUUAUUUUAAUCACUACAUUAUUCAAUCAAUUUUAAAGUCUAUUUAUGCUUUGAAUCCACUUCAACAGAUACUCCUUCAAGAGAUUCUAGAAAAAGAACACUAUCGAACUUUGAUUCCAAUAGAUAUCAAUGAUAGACAAGGUAUUAUUCCAUGUUUCAGCCUCAUUCAAUUUUAUGUUUAUAAAUUUUAAGAUAUCAAAGAUUAAUAACCAAAUAGAUUAAUUUUACUAGCACAAUAGUUAUUCUAGAUUGUUCAUCUACAAGUUCUUAUUACUAAAUUGAAUGGAUCCUAAGCUAAUUACAAAGAUGACUACAUCUGUAAAUAUUUGAAAACAGGCCUAAAAAAAUAACUUUUCAGCUAUUUUGGUUGCAAUAAAUCAAUCAUGGAGAUUGAAAUUUUUAAAUUUUAUAAUAAUGUUUGA